UAGCAUUUAGAUCCAAUGAUGGAAAGAUAUUGAGAGAUCUCAAUAGCCCGACUUUACCCUUUCAACAAAUUCAAAUUUCGCUGUUUCACGAUCUAUAGCCAUAUAUAUAUAUAUAUUCCUUUCGCAAAUUGUUUGUUUUCGAUUCUCUCUCAUUGUUUAGGUAAUCUGCAGUUUUUUCUUUGAUUUUCUUUUCCAAUUUUCGACUCUAUUUCGUCUCCGGAACGAGGAGGAGGAGCUUGAAGAAAACCGCCAUGGAUGGAGGUGGAGCAGUGCACAAUCGCUCAGUUGAAGAUGUUUUCAGUGAUUUUAGAGGACGGAGAAAUGGCGUCAUCAAAGCGCUCACCGUAGAUGUUGAAGAGUUCUAUCAACAAUGUGAUCCUGAGAAGGAAAAUCUAUGCUUAUAUGGGUUUCCAAAUGAAGUAUGGGAAGUUAAUCUACCUGCUGAAGAAGUACCUCCAGAACUUCCAGAGCCAGCACUGGGUAUUAAUUUUGCAAGAGAUGGCAUGCAAGAAAGGGAUUGGUUGGCUUUGGUUGCUGUACAUAGUGAUUCAUGGUUGCUCUCUGUUGCCUACUAUUUUGGUGCGAGAUUUGGAUUUGAUAAAUCUGAUAGGAGGCGACUAUUUAAUAUGAUAAAUGAUUUGCCAACUGUAUUUGAAGUGGUCACCGGUAUUGCAAAGAAACAGGUUAAGGAAAAAUCAUCAAGUGCUAAUGGUAGCAAAUCCAAGUCAAGUUUUAAAUCGAGGGAAGCUGACGCGCAAGGAAUGUACGCAAGGCAGUCGCAGGCACGGGAAGAGGUAGAGACGUUGUAUGAAGAAGAUGAAGACGAGCACGGCGACACCUUAUGUGGGGCAUGCGGUGAGAAUUAUGCUUCAGAUGAAUUCUGGAUUUGCUGUGAUAUUUGUGAGAAAUGGUUCCACGGGAAGUGUGUUAGAAUAACUCCCGCAAAAGCCGAGCACAUUAAGCAGUACAAAUGCCCAUCCUGCAGCAACAAGAGAAGCCGCAUUUAAAUGGUAAAGGAAAUUUUAUGUUUUGAUUGAUAAAUUUAUAUCACAAGGGCCCCAAAUGCUUUUGCUUCUUAGCACAUUUCAUGUUUCUUCUAGUUUUGGGCAACAAAAAUGCCUUUUUAAGUUUCCUAUGUAAAGUCUAGAUCGCUUAGUCUGUAAGAUUGCUCUCUUAGUCUUUCUCUUUUAAUUCUCAUCCAUGAGAGUUAGCUUAUAACUUUUGAAAGCUCUCAAGAAAUGAACCAUUUUUUAUCUUUUGAUUUAGUAAAGAAAUACUCAGUGAUCUGGAAA